AAGAACGCAAAUUUUGUCAAAUGCGCUGACUGUCCCGCACUUAUGGCUGCAGAAGAGUCGUAAAAUUGGAAAAUGCAGCAGAACAAAGUCACGUCCGACGAUAGCUGGAAUAUAUCAGCCAGUGAAGACGAAGAAGAAGCUUUCACAUCUGCAAGAAAUAGUACUAAAGUUGAUCAAGAACUGAAAAGAAAAAAGAAAAAGUUAUACAAUCUUGAGGGCCAGCAGCCUAUUUCAAAGCAUAUUGCACUCUUGUACAAAGACAUAGAAAAAAAUGGGUGGAUAGAGUUGACUUGUAAAUGUCCACGAAGAGGUCAAACUAAGAAGGAAUCUCAACCACAAACUUCACAGUCAUCAACCAACUCUGUUGUAACAAAAUUAGAUAGCUAUCACUUACCAAUUGGACAGUCACCAUCAAAAUCUAAAAGUAGGCCUGAGUAUCAAGCAUUUGAUUACAAAGAAGAUGAAGAACGACCAUAUGUAGCAAAAAGCUCCUCUGCUAAAAAGACACCUGUUUCUGGGAAGAGACCCAAAAAGAUAGCUUCAAUGACAAAUGUAGUCAAUGAGCUAAAGAGACAUAAAUUGCUUGAUGACAUGGAAAAUGCAACAUUAGAGAAAGAACAGAAGAAACUUAAGACAGAAGAGAAAGAUUCAAGAGUUACUGUAGAUUUUGAUUCUCAAGACAGCAUACCAGAUAUAAAAGAAGGGGUGGCUUCACAAAUUAACAGAGUUGAAACAAUGCUAGAUGCUAAAGAAAACAAAAAGGUGAAGGGAAAAGAAAAAUAGAAAUGCGAACAAAGUUCUGAACAUCGAAAUGUAAAUAAAUUUCUUCUUGAAUAUAACUUGGUAACUAGUUUUUAUCUGUAUAAUCCCUCGAUAAAUUUAAAUAUUCAGUCGUCAUUAAAACUAUCGUGUAUGAUUCGUUUAGUGUGUAAGAGUAGCUUUUGGCAUUUAAAAUUAUUUGUUACUGGUAUUCGACAAGUAUUCGCA